AUGAAUAAUUAUUUCACAUUUCCAAUAAUUUUGAUAUCUUUCCUUUUAAUAACACUAAUAUCUGGUCGAGCAAUAUACUAUGAUGAAUUAAAUGACGACGAUAAUACAAAACCAACCUCAAGUGAUGAAGAAGAUUAUAAAUCAAAACUAUUAAAUAUCGUAAAUGAUGAUGAUAAUGAUAUUAAUGAUAAUGACAUAUCUUUUGAUUCUAAUGAAGAAAAAAAAUUUCAUCAACGACAAAUAGUUACGCGAUCUGAAGAAUCCAAUACAGUAUCACCCCAUACUCGAGAAGCAAUAAUGGAUCUUCUUCAAAAAGCUUUUGAUCAAGGAUGGAGACCCAAUUUAAAACAUUAUAUUCCAGCAACACGUUUUGGUCGUCACUGA